UUGGUUAACUGCACUUUUGACGCUUUCCAACACCGCACUUUCUUAAGGUUUCCACAAUUGCUGUUUGUUAUUUUUUAAGAUUGCAAAAAUGUGGAAAUACGGACAAAACCAAGGAAACCAGGGACCUGCUGGCGCCGGCGGAGCAGCUGGUGGCCCCAACAUGAUGCCCAUGGGCGGAUUCGGCAUGCAGCACGGCAACAUGCAGCAGAUGCACAUGUCGCCGCAGCAUCAGCAGCAGCAACAACAAAUGGGCAUGAUGGGCGGACCGGGUGGAAUGCAGAUGAAUCCCCAAGGACCUGGAGGUCCUGGCGUCGGCCUGAUGCCCGGCAUGUCGCCGCAACACCAGAUGCAGCAGCAGCAGAUGAUGCAGCAGCAACAAAUGAUAAUGCCCCAGCAAGGAGUGGGCAUGGGAGUUGGUGUGGGCGUGGGCGUCGGCGUUGGAAUGGGAGGCGUUGGGGGCGUGGUGCCCCAACAGCAGCAACCGCAGCAGCAAAACAUGCCACAACAAAACAUUCCCCAGCAGCAGCAGCAACAACUCAACCCAGGAGCAGGAAUUCCACCUGGUGGAAAUGCUGGAGGGGGCAACAACAACAUGCUGGCCAUCUCCCAGCAAAAUCCCCACAAGGAGAUCAACAUUGUCCAGCUAUCGCGUUUGGGCCAGGAAACCGUGCAGGACAUCGCCUCGCGCUUCCAGGAGGUGUUCGCCUCCCUCAAGAACAUCCAGCCCACUUCGCACCGGGACAACAACACCGAGAAGAAGGUGCAGGAAUAUUUCCGCACCAUAAGGUUGCUUUUCAAGCGCGUUCGCAUCAUCUACGAGAAGUGCAACGACGCUGGCAUGGACUACAUGAGCGCUGAGAGCCUGAUUCCCUACCGCGAUGAGCCGGAGCCGAGGAUCGAGCCCUCGCAGUGCGAUGAGUACAGAAAGGUCCUGCAGGAGAACCACGAACUCAUCGAGACUGUGAAGCUGAAGAACCGGCAGCUACGCGAGAUCAUCGAUAGGACACGCAUCAUCAUCUGGGAAAUCAAUACUAUGCUGGCCAUGCGGCGGUCAUAGGUUUUUAGGCUCUAGAACACUUAAUAUUUAACACUUAAAUAAAACUACAUAAGUUGUAAAAUCUUUCACUUUACUGCUAAGGGAU